CUGCGUCCUGGAGAGAGAAACUACAGAAUUUACGGAGAGAGAGAGAGAGAGAGAGAGAGAGAGAGAGAGAGGGGGGGGGAGGGAGAAGAUGAUACACACAGACAAUCACGUAUACGUACACAAGUAAAACGUAAGCUCCGCCAUUAAUUAGACGAACCGAAGCUCGGGACGCUAUAAUAUAUUAUUUCCACACAAAUAAUCGUAACCCUAAUAAGGGAAAUCGUUAGACUGAGGAGACAUCCUUUCUGAGAAUAUUUCAGGUUGAUCCAGUGGGUUCAUUGGCUCCACUAGUAACUGUUACAUCUUCUCAACCAUAAAAUAACCAAUCAGAAGCACUCAAUGGAGCUUAAAGUUCCAGCCCAUGAACCAGGUCGCUCACCUUCUGUAUCCGAAAGCAAUCCUAAUGAGAAAGAAAUCAGUGAUGAUGAUGAUGAUGAUCGCAACCAUAAGCAUCGUAGAAGAGAUGAUGCAAGGUCUCAGUCACUGGAAAGAGAUUCCAUGGAACAAGUAUUUACUAAUAAGCCAUACAGAAGAGGAAACAAACCUUUUGAAAAUGGGCAUAUUUACAGGGAACAAGGUUCCCAUUCCAAUGACACAUGGAAAAAUUACAAUUUCAACCCUAUGGACAAAAGACGACAAGGACCUUUGGAUUUGAACCAAAGAAUUAGGGAUCCUGGCCCAAUGAGGGGUAGAGGAAACUGGAAUCAACAUGAUCCAAGAUUCAACUCUGUUGAUAUUGCUUCUAGAAUAGCUCAACAAGGAUCUGUACCCCCUGGUAUGUUUGGUGGAAGGGGUUUACCAAGUGUUUCAAAUGCAUAUGGUCCAUCUUGGAGUGCAUUUGGUUUGGUUCCAGGUAUACCAAAUGGUGGUAUUGAUACACUACAUACCCUUGGUUUACAAGGAACAUAUAGAGCCAUUAAUCCCUCCAUGAACAUGGGAAUGGGACUGCCACGUCAGCGUUGUAGAGACUUUGAAGAACAGGGUUUUUGCCUAAGAGGUGAUAUGUGCCCAAUGGAACAUGGUGUCAAUCGUAUUGUUGUUGAAGACGUUCAGAGCCUUUCACAGUUUAAUCUCCCUGUAUCGCUUCAAAAUGCAAAUCUGCCCGGAGCACCAUCUGGGGCAGGAUCUUUACCUGCCCCUGGUGCCCCAACCACCUCAUUCAAAGCUUCACGUGGCAAGACUAGGAAAAGUGGAGUUAGUGGCAAUGCUAAUAAUGCACAUGAGUUAAAUGAUGCAUUAAUUGAUCCUUCUCCAAGUGUUGGAGCUGACUUUUAUGAUCCAGAUCAGCCUCUAUGGGGUAACGAUUCUCAAACAUCACCUGCAUUACAAUCAAUAAAUCAAUCCAAUGUGAAGGAAAACAGGCCUUUGUUGGAUCCUGGCCCAUCUGGGUCUGAUGAACAUAUGGUAUCCAAGAUUACAAGUACAAAAAACAAAGAAACCAAAGAGAAUAUAAUCUCAAAACCAAUCCCUUCAAAUUUUGAGACAAUUGAAAAACAGGAUCCAUCAAAUAGUGGUCAAGCUGUUCACCUCCAUAAACGAAACGACAUAAAUGGGAAAAGUGUCAGAAAGCCUACACAGAAAGCACAACGAACAGUAUUUGUGAGUGGCAUACCCCUCCAACAAAACAAAAGGGAAUCCCUAUUUUCACAUUUUCAUAAAUUUGGGGAAGUUAUCGAUAUCCACAUUCCUAUAAACACGGAUCGUGCUUUUGUCCAGUUUUCCAAAGGAGAAGAAGCAGAAGCUGCUUUAACAGCACCUGAUGCUGUGAUGGGUAAUCGGUUCAUUAGGUUAUUUUGGGCUAAUCGUGAUAAUGUUCCUCCUAUUAAUGGGUAUAAUAAUAGUAAUGUUCCAAUACCUCCACGUGGCCCACCAGUUUCAUCAACAUCACAUAAUGGAACAUCUGCUCCUUCUUCUGAUCUCCCAAAGCCCGUGAUCAUCAACACCCCAAAAGUCCCUCCACCUUCACAAAAGAAGCUGGAGAAUUUAGAGGUUUUGAAAGAGGAGCUUCGCAAAAAGCAAGAAAUGCUUGAUCGGAAAAGGAAUGACUUUAGGCGCAAGUUAGACAAACUUGCGAAACAAGCUACAGGUGUAAAAGGGGAGACGGAAGGUGAACAGGUGGCGAAAAGACAGAAACUUGGAAGUGUAGCUGAUAAUUCUGAAAAAGCUGCAACUUCAAGUUCCAUUGAUCCUGAAAAAGCAAUCGAUAAUGGUAGCAAAUCUAUGGAGUCUGGUGUUCAACAAAGUUGUAAAUCAAGUAAUGCAAUUGCAAUGCAAGAAACACCGGUUUUGAAACCAUCAUUACGACCAUUGAUGCCGAUUAAUCCAUCGGUUGUCACGAAUCGGUUCAAACUGGACAAUCGUCCCACUGCUUUUAAGAUUGUUUCAACUCUACCAAAUGAUCUUGCCAAUGUUGCAGCUUUGAAGGAACAUUUUUCUCAAUUUGGUGAUUUGUCGAAGGUGGAGUUGGAUGAUGUUGUAGGGCCCAGUGAUGGUGGAAAUAACGAUAAUGGAAGAGCUCGUGUGUAUUUCACGACACGACAUUCAGCUGAGAAGGCGUAUUUGAGUGGUAAAAGCUGGAAUGGUCAUAACUUGCAGUUUUCAUGGAUGAAAUCUAGCAGCAGCAACCAGAGUCCCUUAUCCACUUCCAAAGGAAAUUCAGAUGCUGAAAAACCUGGAGAUGGGGAGUCUGAAAAAAUGGAGAUUGAUAAAGAAUCAGAUGAAAGUAAAAAUAAAGAGUAAAGCUUUUGUUCUGAGUCUAAGGGCAUGAUAAUAGUCAGAGUUGUACAGCCAGCUAAAUGUUGAAUACCCCCUGUUUCCUAUGCCGGAGCACCAUAAUCUUGGGUGGAAGCCACAUGGAUUUUCAGAGGUCCGGCUAUUCUUUUUGUUGUUGAAACUGGGACAUUUUUUUUUUUUUUUUUAAUUAUUAUUUCUUUUUGAAUUUGUUUUGUACUUGAAGCUUUUGAGGGUCCUACUUUGUUUGUAAUAGAUGGACUUGAGGGUAUUCAUAUUUCUUUGUUUCAGGAUCGACUAGUAAGUAGUAAUUGGAUAUGAAUUUUGUAACGACAAUUAAGGUUCACACUCUCCAGUCUCCAGUUGCAGAUAUUAAUUGGCACUACUUUAACGA